AUGACCCGAUUAUACCGAUUGUUUAGGAUAUUCUCCGAUGGCGGAAGCACCGACGGAGAAUGCAACAAGCCUAUAGAAGUGCUUAUACAUUUUAUUCCAAAACCAAAUUAUGUGGAAGAAUACCAAAGAUACGGUACAACAAUAGAAAAAGAAAAACAAAGACUAUUACAUCAUGCCAAGAUUUCUGCUAUAAGAAAAGCCUGGCACAGAGAAAAAGAUACGUACAAGAGCGGUUUCACCGGAAGCUUCGACUGGUCAGCUGCUGAAAUUGAGGAACUCUUAAAAAAUGGUUAUGUAGCAAACUACGAAGGUCAGUAUGUUCACGAUGUCCAAGAGUAUCCUGAAUUAGCCGAAGACCCAUAUAACAUAAAAUUUGUAAAGAAACAAACAGAAUCAACGAAAAAACGUAGACGAAAACGUGACUCAAAUCAACAAUCCUGUCCAAAUAGUUGGUGGCUUACAUGGAGCGAAUGCUAGUGCCAUAAUAUAAAAACAGUUAACGAGAAUUAAAAGUAUUCAAUUACCAAGUGUGAUGUACCAAGAAUUAAAAAGCUUACUUGGUGGCGCAAAGAGUUUUGAUAAAUGAAACUACCCAACGAUAAAUCUGUUUAUGUCAAUUGACAAAUUGAUUAAAGAAAUAAAAAUUUUAAAUAUAAGAUAUUUUCUAUUCUAUUUAAUUCUUACAAAAUAUACAGUAAAGUUUCCUUAAAUUGUCCUGUAGCGGUACUUAGAUAAGGAAAUAUAGUUAUAAUGCGAAUUAUUUUGGUCUAUGUAUAUGUACGGUUAAGGUUCGAAAUAAAGUUAAUCUCAAUAUUACAGGGCUAAUCUCGAGAAUAACAAAACAAAACAAACAAAUACAACAGCAAAGCCAAACAUUAACUUUAAUGUCGACGUUAACCGGAUAUCGGACUUUAACCGUAACAUAUAAUAAAUGUACUGCGGAAUACACACUAUUAGGAGCAGUAACUUGAACAUUUUUGAAAUAGUGUACAUCUAAAUGAUUAUCUCAACUGCUAUAUAUAUUCAUAUACAUCAACAAAGGUUUUUUUUACAGCGAGCAAUAAUUAAUGUUCAUGAAACAUAUCAAUUUGAAUGCUAAAAGACGGAAAUGUUUCUGUUUUUUUGUAUAAACCAGUAUUAUAUUAUCAUAAUUAUAAAUUUUACUGUAUUUUUGAUUUUAAUCUUUAACAUUACAGGUUAUUAUAACAAUAGUAACACCUUGGCAAUGAUCUUUGAAUAAAAAGAUUAAGGAAGGAGUAUAGCGCUAUUAAUGUAUUCAUGAAUGGUAGACCGAAUCGAUAUCAUAGGUCCUAUCCCUUACAGUUCUGUUUCAGCAUUUCAAUUGGAACAUUUAAAUUUGAUUUGAUAUUUUGUGUAUUUAUUUUUCUUUACUGAGGAUAUUUUAUAUUAUUUAUUAUUUAUUCUACAAUCGGUUUUGUAUAGAGGUAGUAAAUCUAGAUGGAAAUGGUAACAGAACGUAAAUUAAUAGUGACACUAUUGCGAUUUACCGUAAAAUAGUUGUGAAGCGAGGCGGUAGGGGGGUCUGUCAAAAAUCGGGAGAAAUAAUGGAAUAACGUUUCACUGAAAAAUAACGAAAAAAAAGGUAAUUUAUAAAAUUCACUUUAAAUUAAUUUUCAGGAUGAGUUUUCUACGGGUAUUUUGGAGUCUACUGGAGUUAGAGAGUUACGGGGAAAGAAUUGCAGUUUUGUGAGCUCAAAUAUAUGCGCCUUUCGGAUUUUUGAAAUAGUUUACGGCUUUACUAUAGUCGUAUCUACUAUUAUAUUUUCAUAGAACUCUCAUUUUUGAUUACAUUUACGAUACAAUAUUAUACAUAUUAAGUAUAGGUAUAAGUACGAUACGAGGAACUAAAUGAUAAUACUAUACAGGGUGGCCCAUCGAAAAC